GUGUGUGUCCUUGGCCGACAGAAUAUAAAAGUCGGCCGAACGGUCAGAACGACAAAAGAGGAACGACAGAAACCUCCGUCUGACGACCACCAGCAAUAAGAGACAGAAGAAGAAGAAGAAGAGAGGCAGGACAGAGGGAGAAUGUGUCCUGUGUGGCUAUUGGUGGCUGUGGUGGUUGUGGGCGGGGCCAGAGGAGCUGUCAGUCAGUGCUGGGAGCAUCCGAGCUGCCAGGAGCUGAACUCUGAGAGCAGCAUGAUGGAGUGCAUCCAGCUCUGUCACUCUGACCUCACCGCUGAGACCCCCGUCGUCCCCGGCAACGCCCACCUCCAGCCUCCCCCUCUGUCAGACCCCUCCUCCUCCUCCUCCUCCUCCCCGCAGGCCAAGCGCUCCUACUCCAUGGAGCACUUCCGUUGGGGGAAGCCCGUCGGUCGCAAGCGCCGCCCGGUCAAAGUCUACACCUCCAACGGCGUGGAGGAGGAGUCGGCCGAGGUUUUCCCCGGAGAGAUGAGGCGGCGGGAGCUGGCCAAUGAGAUACUGGCAGCAGCAGCAGCAGCAGCAGAGGAGGAGGAGAAGGCGCAGGAGGUGAUGGAGGAGCAGCAGCAGCUCCUGGGCGGCGUCCAGGAGAAGAAAGACGGCUCGUACAAGAUGAACCACUUCCGAUGGGGCGGCCCGCCGGCGGCCAGCAAACGGUACGGAGGCUUCAUGAAGAGCUGGGACGAACGCAGCCAGAGGCCUCUGCUCACACUGUUCAAGACCGUCAUCAACAAAGAUGAACAGCAGCAGAAGUGAGGAGGAGGAGGAGGAGGAGGCAGCAGACAGAGGAGCUCUGAAUCUGCUGUUUGUACCUGAUCCUGAAUGACUGGAAGAGAGAGUGAGAAAGGUGUUUUGAUAUUUAUUGAUUCAUGUAAAUAAAUGUAAAUUCUAUGAAAACAUAAAGAGAUAUUUGCAAGCAA